AUGGCAACAAAAGCAGCUUUUACAUCAAUUAAGACUGUUUUUCCUGGAGAAACAUUUGAGUAUGUUCAAGGAGCAAGAUUUGGUGAUGGAAUAAUAAAACGGAAUGGUGUUCCUACAGUUUCCAGAGCAGGAAUAUUAAAGUACCAACAACAAACGAAGUAUUAUCAUGUAUUUAGUGAUUUAAAAAAGGUUUGA